AUGCAUCCAUUCUGCACCUUUUUCUGCAGCAAGAUUUGGCCCACACCUUUUAUGCGAGCAACCUGCCGCCGUUCAGAGGAAAAAUCUCGGGUCGGUUUAUCUCUGUUUAUCGUGGGAUUCAGCUUAGACCAGUGCCCACCUCUCAACAUUGGCAGUAACCAUCACAUUUUGGGCAGUAUGUUUUCCUUGUUGGUCUAUGGUGUGCUGCUGCGAGCUAAGGGGAUGCAGAACAUUGGGCUCCAAUCAAAGUAUCGUGGGCGCCGUACGAACAUCCAGACAAAGCAUCCGAAUUGCUGUACUAAUUUUAACAUUACCGAACGCCGUCUGAAGUUUAGACUGACUCAAGGCCGUAACAGUACGACCAACCAACCCAAACAGGUUCUUCUGCAUUUCCCUCUUGUGCACAAGCCAGAAUUCUAUGAAAUGGGAGAAGGGGCUCACCAACAAAUAAGCGUGUUUCUGGACAGCUGUCGACAGACAGGCCAAGGAUUGCGGUUGCACACGCCGCGUUCGAAGGAACUCUAGCCACUUUGACUGGGCCGGCCGUAGCCACCGCCAAGCAUGCACGGUGUCCGGACGGCCCGUGUCGUCUGCAUCCGAGCGAAGCCCAACCGGCGGUGAAGCGACUGCCGCCCGCUGCAAAGGCAGUGGCGGGAGGAAGGGUCUGGUGGUCCUUUGGGCACCGGCCACACUUGGUGGGGUCCCCCCCAAAACCACUAUGCAGCAGAUCUGGUGUGCCACCCCAUUUCCCCCUUUUUUUUUCCACCCCUGCCUAUGUGAUUGUGUGUGUGUAACCUGUGGGCCAGAAAUAGAGCUGUUUCCAUGAUA